CACAAGUGGAUACUUUUCAUUCUCCUUUUAAACAAAACAGGGCAGUGCAAGCGGCAUCGCUUGAGAGGAUGAUUACAAAAAAGGAAAAGAAAUGGACAGGUCUAUGGUGACGGAUACAAAAUCGCCGGUCAUUCCUUCUGGCUUUUAAAAGUGAAUGUUUUAUUGCAUUUUAAUAAAACAGGUCGUCGGAAGCGAAGCGGACUUUUUCUCUAUUUGGAAAGGGAGUUACUUAUCUAUCUUAAUUACUCAAUGUCAGCAAAAUAUCGGAGCUGAUCGUGUAGUGGCCAGUUUCUUCGUUAUACUUUGUUUUUGUGUAAAAUCGAGGAAUCUGUUUUAAGGCAAAGCGUCUUGAAUUAGAUUAUUGGAUCUUACCGUAGACAGUCUGUCGCCGACGAAGCCCUUUCAGUUUUUGUGUUUUCAAUUGUAAAAUAUUAUCUCCUGCAAUUAUUUAAUGUCAUGUCAACAGCCAAAACUAAAUGGCUGCCAGUCUCACGGAUUAGUGUAGUUAAAUCCGACAUGUGUCGAUAUAUUUGUUUUUUGCCUUGACUUGCAAAAGAAGACCUGCCCUUCUCAUCGAUUUGAGGAUAACGAAGGACUGAAAACGAGUGACACGAGAAGUGGAAGAACAACCUAUCUAAUUCCUUUGCUUCAUUUUGGUACUUUUGACACCGAAAAUGUUAACCCAGAGAAAGAGAAAACGCACAGUCGAAGACUUCAACCAGUUCUGCACUUUUGUGCUGGCGUACGCUGGCUAUAUUCCAUACCCCACUGAGGAAUGGCAGUGCAAUGACAGCAUAGCCAGAGACAGCAGUACAUGCAGUCCACGCCACAGCGAAGGCUGGGCCUCUCUCUCAUCCUUGGACUCACACGGUGCUCCCACUCAGUCAAAGAGAAUGACUAGCUCUAAACUUGGGGACAACUUGGGGAAAAGGAACAGUAAAGAGAAGGGGAAAAGAAGAAAAGAUGAGAAGAGGAGUGUGGUGGAGGGGGAGAAAAAGCCUCGCAGGAGAGGUGGAGAUGCUGGUGGGGGCAAGACCAAGAGGUCCUUCAAAAAUGCAGCUCCUCAGGCACCUGAGCUUGAGUGGAGGAAUGGAACCCCUCUCUGCAACAGCCUUUGUGCAGGGGAAGCAAAUUCUUUUGUGGAUUCCAACAAUGACUGCAAACCUACAGCUUUGGAACGUUCUCUAACAGGGGUCUCUGGGAACAUGUGCAGUGGGACUGGUAGACCAUCUGUGUUUAGACAGGAGGCCCAGCACACCUGGUCUGAUGAAAUGUGGACAGACCAGACGGGUCCAGCUCAACUCACAAAGACCCAUACUGGCCACCUCAGAAGUUCAUAUGAUGAUCCACCCUGUGAUGACAUCAGUGAGAAAAGAUGCAAGGCAGAGCCAGAAGUAAAGGAGCCUGUGGACCUCACUACCAUGAGUCAGACUGAGCAGGUGCAGAAAGCAGAGAAAAGCCCACAGGCAGAGGAGCCAGAAAGGCACUACCAGGGGGAAGAAGGGAACAGGUGCAGCGAAGAGGCAAAGGUGGAGAAGAAGGGAGGAGAGAGAGCAGAGGGGUACGAGAGAAUCGAGCCGGGCAGGAAGGACGAGAUGUGGGAGGAGGGUGACAGUGAGGGCGGGGCAACGGACAUCCUGCGUCUGGUGAUGGAGAGGCGCCUGGGGGGACAGGUCCCCGAUGACCAGGAGACAGGAUACCAAACCGACGGGGCCAGCAGCACACCUGACCGAGGGGGCAGUGACACAGACCAGGAUAUGCGCACCGUCGACGGCAACACCACAGCCAGCUCUGCAUAUGGAACAGAAGACACAUCUGCAGAGAACAGCAAGAUGGAAGAGGAUGAAGACUCCUGGGAUCUGAUCACAUGCUUCUGCAUGAAGCCGUUUGCGGGACGUCCCAUGAUCGAGUGCAGCGAGUGCGGCACCUGGGUGCACCUGUCCUGCGCCAAGAUCCGACGCACCCACGUGCCCGACGUCUUCGUGUGUCAGCCCUGCCGUGACGCCAAGCACAACAUCCGGCGGUCCAGCAGGGCGCGCACCGUGUCCCGGAAGUGCUUCAGCGACUAGGACCACUCACCACAAUGCAUCGCCUGUCACUGUGCACGCACCUGCAGCCACAGCCAACCGGACACUCAGUCAGCCAAAACUGAGCGCUGAGCUUAGAAUGGGACAGGGAGUGGCUCCUCUCAUGCCAGCCAAUCAGUGCAGCCCGCAGUGCUGUCAAACGCGUCUCUUCUGCCCCGGGACUCUCACGCUGAGUGGAGCAUUGAGGCAGAGAGGAGUCUGACUGAGGUCACACACACUUAUGUCUUUCCCUCUAUCUGUCCUUUCAUCUCUCUCUUCAGCACUCUGCAGUAUUCUCUCACACACUCAUGGACACUCAUGACUUUGAGAGAAAAAAAAAGAAGUUUGAAGUGACUGGAGAAAGAGGAGUGAGAAAGGGAGCUGAGGAAUGGUGUGUGGUUCUGAUGGGCAGAUUUAAUUAGUGUUUUAACUAAAACUGUUUUUGAAUGUACACCCUUGCAAAGUAUAAGUAUAACCUAUUAUCACUUAAGAGCUAUGAGAGAUUACCUGAUCUCACUGUUACUGUUUUGUUACUGACACUGAUACAGGAAACCUUCUAAAGGGCUGACUUCCCUCUUGUUGCCAUAAGCCAUGGUCUCUGUAUUAUCAAGAGUUUGGACAGCCCCUGACAGAGACACCAUUUUGUUACCUAAAUGUUUAAAUAUAACAUGGGGAUUGAAUGCAGCCUGUCAGGCCAGCAAAGUAUUCAAACAACCAAGUUAAAAACAUAGUUUUUGCACAAAACAAUAUGGAUACAGCAUUGUGAGCGUUCCUUUUAGUUGUAAAUUGAUUUCAUCCACACAAAUAAAUUACUUCUCUGACCACUUGUGGAACUUCACACAAGUGGUCAGAGAAUCUCACACGUUACAUCUCUCUGGUUUUAGUACUAGCUGGCUAUGUCUGGGCAUAGUUCCUCAAAAAUGAAUGCAGUCUAAAAUAAGACAUUUGUCAAAUUUUCAUUAAAAUAAUUGAAACACAGUAAUGUAGUUGCUAUUAUUAAAUAUUGGUAAGAGUAAUUGUUGUCAACAACUGCUUAUUUUUGAUUUAAUCAGACCACAAGGCAAUACCCAUAUGCUGUUGAGCCUGGGGUAGCUUAGGGGUGUACAGUGGCGUUGUUAGGUCCGAUCAUUCGGGGCUAUAGCCCCAAAUAUUUUUGCCCUGAAAAAGGA